AUGUUCCCUACUCAGACCGAAAAAGAAACGGAACUCUUCGACGACGAGAGAUCCUCUGCUCUAUCCUUGGGCUCCACUAUCACAGGUGAUUCGCUUGAUGAUAAGCAUUUUGCCUCCUUCCGCCCCUCUCGUACCCUGUGUAUCGCCGCGCAGGGCAUCGCUGCCUUCCGUCUCCCUCUCCCGUCUAGGGAGCUUGAGAUCCCAAUCUACGACAGUGCAGAUGGUACUCUCGCUUACGUCUCUACCCGUCAGUCCACCUGCUCAGGAAACGCCAUUCUGUCGGACCCUAAACGUGGAGAUCUUGUGCGCACUGACUAUUUCUUUGGUCCUGGGCGUGAUCCCGUGAUUUCCAUGAUCGAGGGUUCAAAAAGUAAAUCACUCCCCGUCAGGGUCUCUUCGAGAUGGACUUCGCGAGCGACUAGCUUCAAAACACCCGAUGGCUGGGAGUUGGAGUGGAAUUACACAAAAAGAAAAGAUUCCAAUGGCCAAAAAGAAAACUUAAUCGUUCUCCGAUUGAAAGAUGCCAAAUCGAAGAAGGAGCAAGGAAAGGUCCUCGCUCAGCUCCUCCGUGGUGGCGAGACAAGAACUGCCGGAUCAUCUCCAUCGAGUGCCGGUAAUGGUGGUCAGUUGCUGAUUGAUGAGGAAGCGGCAAAAUUUGUGGAGGAGCCUUUGCUGGUGGCGACGUGUUUAUUGAUGUUGAAGAAAGAGAUUGAUCGGAGGAGGGCCAUGCAAUUUAUGAUGGUGGGCGCUAUUGCUUCUGGCGGUCUUUGA